CGUCUCUGGCAGUGUAGUGUUCGGUUGUUCGUGAGAGAGGAAGGUCUGUGUUAUCAACUGUUUUUAAAAAAAAAAGAGGAAAAAAAAGAAACUCGCUACGACCUUUCAACGUGGCGGUCUAGUGAAAAUAAAUUAUUUUUUUCCAUGUGAAGUGAGUGUAAGCAAAAUUUUCUAAACAAAUUUAUUUGUUAAAAAUUUGUUGUGAAAAAAGUGCAUAUAUAUGUUGUGGAAUAUUUACCCGGGAAAGAGAGGCUACAAUUAAAUGUCUACUUUAGUAUCCUGAAGGCGUAGGGGUGUCGCAAAGACGAUCGAGAGACUAAAUAAGAGAGGGAGAGAAGGUACAGGUACAGAGGAAGAAAAUAAAAAAGUAAAGAGAAAAUACAAGAGAUUCGACACCCAACUCGUCGUGGCAAAAGCCAGCAAAAGCGGCCAGGACUCUCGAGACACAGGUAUUCCAGGGUCGCCUGUGUAUACAUGCAUACAUUAUUAUUGUUAUAAGUCCGGCAGCAGGUGCUGGGGAGAAAACCUCAUACAUACUUCUUUCCAAAGUUGAACAGAUUUUUUUUAUUUUUCAAAACACUGCCCACCCAUAUUGUGUCGAUAACUUUAAAUAUUGUGCUGUGAUAAAAGUCUGUGAUAUUGUGCAAUCAUCGUUAUUACCCUGACAAAAACAGAGUCGCAAGGACACUAUCAGCCACUGAUAAAAGCAUUUUUAUGGCAAAAGAAGAAAGAAAAAUAAUUGCGGACAAAAGGAAAAAAGGCGAAAGUAACCUGAGGAGUAUUGUCAGGUGUUGUUGAAUCAUUUGGAUAAAUAUCUACGUCUUGUAUCAUUCUGGCCUGGAAUAACAACAGGUGGUUGACAACGGCGUCAAUACGAGCGGAAUAUCAGAGAAUCACGACUUCCGACAGUGGAGCAAAUACCUGACCAAGAAUGAGGCUGUUGCAGAGAGUGGCCAUCACUGGACUAUUGUCCGUGAUGCUGAUCCUUCUCCUGACGGGAGCUUUCAUUUCCCGACAUGACCUAGCUAGCGUCGUUGACCGGGGCGUCGGUCCCCAGGAGCGACCCGAACAAUCAAAUUCCGCUUGGCUCCAGGAAAAUGUCAUUCCCGAUCAGGAUUAUGAGAAAAAUGACGACCGAGGACAUUUAAAUCCAAAUGUUGUCGUCAAUGUGAGACACAGAUCGCAUCAUUCAGAGCCAUCGGCCGUUGGUCCACCGCCAAUUACACAUCCGGGAAAAUAUCCCAUUCGUCCUCCCAAUCCUCCCCUGGACGAUAUAACUCAUCAACGAAGGGAAAAAGUCAAGGAGAUGAUGAAGUAUGGUUGGGACAACUACGUGAGGUAUGCCUGGGGCAAAAACGAACUCAGGCCUAUCACAAAGAAGGGACACAGUGCAAGUAUUUUCGGAACAUCUAUGAUGGGUGCCACUAUUGUCGAUGGUUUGGACACACUUUACAUCAUGGGACUUCAUGACGAGUACAACGAGGGUCGUAAUUGGAUACGUGACAACUUGAAUUUCGAUAUUAAUUCAGAGAUUUCGUUGUUCGAGACAAACAUUCGAUUCAUGGGAAGUCUGUUGGCGUGCUACGCACUCACUGGAGAUCCAAUGUUCCGAAAUAAAUCAAUUGAACUUGGAAUUCGUAUGUUACCAGCAUUCAACACGGAAACUGGAAUUCCUCACUCUCUCAUAAACCUUCGCACUGGGGCGAGCAAGAAUUAUGGUUGGGCGAGCAGUGGUUGCAGUAUUUUAUCCGAAAUAGGAACAAUGCAUCUUGAGUUUUCCUAUCUCAGUGACAUCACUGGAAAUGCAACUUUUAGAGAGAAGGUGAAAAAAGUAAGAGACAUUUUGAAAAAUAUGGAAAAGCCCAAAGGUCUCUAUCCCAACUAUAUUCAUCCUAAAACUGGAAAAUGGGGUCAACAUCACAUGUCUUUGGGAGGAUUGGGAGACAGCUUCUACGAGUAUCUUCUAAAGGCUUGGAUUCAAUCAGGCAAAAAGGACACAGAAGCUAGAGAAAUGUACGACGAAGCCAUGGAUGCCAUCGAUGAGAAUAUGGUUUUCAAAUCCCCCGGAGGAUUAAUUUACGUUUCUGAUUUGAAAUACGAUCGUGUGGACAGAAAAAUGGGUCAUCUUGCUUGUUUUGCCGGUGGAAUGUUUGCAUUGGGCGCGAAAACUCAAAAGAAGUACUCAGAAGUGAGGGGGAAGAGACACAUGGAAAUUGCCGAAGGUUUGACGAAUACAUGCCACGAAUCGUAUGAUCGCACUGCUACAAAAUUAGGUCCUGAAGCUUUUCAUUUUAUUGAAGGCAACGAAGCGAGAAGUUUGAAGAGUGGUGAAAAAUAUUACAUUUUACGACCAGAGACAUUUGAAUCGUACUUUAUAAUGUGGCGUUUGACAAAGGAUCAGAAAUAUAGAGAAUGGGGAUGGGAAGCUGUUCAAGCACUGGAAAAACAUUGUCGAGUCCCUGGAGGAUUCACGGGUCUUCAUAACGUUUACUCGGUGGAUUCACAGAAAGACGACGUCCAGCAAAGUUAUUUCUUUGCCGAAACCCUCAAGUACCUCUAUCUACUCUUCAGCGAUGACUCAUUAAUAAGCCUGGACGAUUGGGUUUUCAACUCUGAAGCUCACAUUCUUCCCAUCAGAGGAAAUCCUUAUUAUCGUUCACAUUCAUCUUUAUAAACAACAAAAAAAUAGACCCAUCUCGAUAGCAACAAUUACAAGUUUGAUUAAAAGAAAAAAAAAUCUCCAGACAUAAUCUGCGAUUAUUCAUAAUUCCUGAAGAAAAAAAAAUGUGGAAUUUGAAAGAAAAAAACACUCAGUUAUCUCAAAUUAGAUAAAUGAGUCUUCAAUACUGGAGUUUAUUAGUCAAUGAAGAGAAAAAAAAACCGACCUAAUAGACAAACAAUGCCAGAUGUACUAAUUAUUCUGGCAGAAUAACCAAUAAACUACUUACUAAAAAGUAGAGAAAAAAAAUAAUAAAAAGGUCGAUAUUUAAGUCUGCAUUGUAAAUAGCGAGAAAGAGAAAAAAAAAAGUUGCAACUGUGUGUGAGUGUUUUAUUGUCACUCUUUUUCUAUUACCAAUGAUGAAAUUAUUUGUAAAAAAAAAGAAAAAUUCUUUUCAGGUGUGUUCUUAAGUGUGUUUGUGUUUGUCUUUUUUUUUACCUUAAGAAAAAUAUCGAUAUUUUUUUCGAUCUAAAAAUUGACAUUAUUUACUGCAUUUAUUUUUACGCAAAAAAAAAAGCGUAAGAAUAUUUUAAUAGAAAACAAAUGAAAUGUUUUUUAAUUAAAAAUUUUUUAUUAUAAAAAAAUAUUUAAUAGUAGAAUAAUUUGAAUUUCUUACUUUUAUCCGUUUGCCGCAUUUUAAUUUAGAAGAAUUUUGCAUUUGCAAUGAAGCAAAUGUUUCGAAUCAUUGAAAUAAUUUGUUUGUCUGUCUUCCAACCAAAAAAAAAAAAAAAUGAAAGUAUAUGAUUUACGCUACGAAGGACUGCCUUGAAACUAAUAAUGUUUUAGACAAUGUCAAAAAAAUUGUUCGUUUCUCUAAAAAAGUAGUUUUUUUUUAGUUUUUUUCUUUUUUUAACUGUUUAGAGUGGAAAAUGUAAAAAUGCGAGUUUUUUCUUGUAUAACGAAAGAGUGAGUGUUUGUUUUUUUUAUGUAAUAAUGUAGCACACGUAAAUAAUCAGUGAAGUAUGUCAUGCAAAUAGAGUUGUAUAUAAAAAAAAAUUUAAAGAAAGUCAUAUUCUAUAUAUGAGAUUUAGCGAAAAAUGUACACGAUAAGCCUUGACUAUAUUUCAGGCGAUAAAAUCCAUGAGAAAUGCGUCAAGUUGAAAUGACAUUAAUAUCAAAUUUCUUCACUAUUACAUAAAAUUUCAAUUUUGUUGCUUUUUUUCGAUUGUACAGUUUACAUUUUGAAAUGUAAAAAUUUGUAAUUUUACACUAAAAAAAAUUUUCCAUCAGGGAAGAUCUUUUAUUUAUUUAGUUACAUUUUUUGUUUGUUUUGUACAAUUUAUUUUAGUUUCCAUUUAACGCAUUUCUUUAUUAGUGAUUGAAAGGUUUUUAAAGACUGGGAGAUGAGAGAAAAGAGAUAUAAUUAAAGUGCACAUAGUUUGUUUAUUUUAUAAACGCGUGUACUGUUAGAAAAAUAAACAGU